UGCAUCAAAUAUUAAGUACAGCAAAUUAAAGCCUUCUUUGAUAAUUUAUAAACAUGUGCUCCAGGCAGAGUAUGGCAAUAGGUGGAGACAAGUUUCCACCACAGCAGCAAGAAACACAACCAGGGAAAGAGUAUCUCAUGGUGCCACUUCCACAGGCCAUAAAUCCCGAAUACAAGCCAACCAACAAGCUCCAAGGAAAGGUGGCAUUGGUGACCGGAGGAGACUCUGGAAUAGGAAGAGCUGUAUGCUACUAUUUUGCUUUAGAAGGUGCAACCGUGGCCUUCACAUAUGUCAAGGGCCAAGAGGACAGGGACAGGGAUGAUACUUUGCAAAUGCUACAAGAAGCAAAGACCUGUGACGCCCUAGACGCCUUAGCCAUAGCUGCUGAUAUCGGAUAUGAGGAAAAUUGCAAGAGGGUUAUUGAUGUUGUUGUAGAAGAAUUUGGAAAAAUUGACAUCCUGGUGAAUAAUGCAGCUGAACAGCAUUUCAACAACAGUGUUGAAGAAAUUACUGAAUCCGGGCUUGAGAGGACCUUUAGAACCAACAUUUUCUCUUAUUUUUUCAUGUGUAGGCAUGCUCUAAAGCACAUGAAAGAAGGAAGCUGCAUUAUCAAUACGACUUCAGUCCUUGGCUUCACUGGUAGUCCAACAUUACUAGGCUAUUGUGCAACCAAAGGAGCCAUUGUGGCAUUCACCAAGGGUCUGGCUCUCCAGCUUGUUGAGAAGGGGAUCCGUGUCAAUGGCGUGGCCCCGGGUCCUGUGUGGACUCCACUGCAAGUGGCAUCUUUGCCCGUGGACUGGAUCACAAGCUUGGGGAGUGAGGCUCCCAUGGACAGGGCUGCACAACCUCACGAAAUUGCACCAUCUUUUGUGUUCUUGGCCUCCAAUCAAUGCUCCUCCUACUUCACUGGCCAGUUCCUCCACCCCAAUGGUGGUAUGUGGUGAUCACCAACCAAGGCUUGAGUUCUCCAGCUUGCUUAUUACAUUUACAUAUGCAUGUGUGGUGCCGUGGUGUUUUAUUGUGUUUAUGAGUGUGAGCCAUUCAUUUCAUGUUAAAUGAAAGGGAAUGAAUUGGAGCUGCUUGGCAGUCCAUAUUUGGGUGUCUAAAUGUGCUUUUUAUAAUACAUAUGGAGAAAAGAAAUUGUGGAUUUCAUUUAUGGGGUGAUAAUUGAUGUGUACAUCAGAAAUUUGGAGGAAAUUAAAGAAUAAAGAUUUCAUGUGCUUGAAAGUA